CCUCCAUGAGAAAUAAAUGACAGCAUGACAAGAGUUGUCGGCGACGUCUGAUAGAUGUUUAUGUAGUUUAUUUGGGGAUAUUCACGAAUGGAGUUGGCGUGACAACCACCAAAAUGGCAUUUACUACUCGUUGUAGUCCAAGAUUAUUUCUUAAAUACCUGAAACAUAAACAUUUUUCGCUUAUUUCGCCAAAGGUUUUGUCAUCAUCGCCAUCAAUUUUGGUAUUUUGCAAAAGACACAGAUCCAAUGGCAAGCGUAAGGAUCUCAGUUCACUCUUUCAACCAAUUAAGUUAAAUCCGUCAGACAGGAGUGAUGACAUAAAUGUUGGUGCUGAACUUGCCGGGGUCUUGAAGAAAGAGGAUAUUCUGAAGGCAUUAAGUGAUUUUUACCGUCGGCAAGAAAUCCGCAAACUUGCUCAAGAAAACGGGCUUGACAACCGGUUGUUUCACACAUCCUACGUCAGUUUCCGAAGCUUCUGUGUGGAGUCGGAGACACUGCCCGUCGAUCUGCACAUCGUCUUCAGUGAUAUUUCACAGGGUGCUGGCCAUGUUGAUGAUUUAUUUCCGUAUUUCUUGGAUCACGCGCGGAUUGUCUUCCCCCACCUUGACUGCAUGGAGGAUCUGAAGAAAAUCAGCGAUCUGCGCCAACCGGCAAACUGGUACCCCGAAGCCCGGACAAAACAGCGUAAGAUCAUCUACCACGAGGGUCCCACCAACAGCGGGAAGACCUACCACGCCCUGCAGAGGUACCUGACGGCCAAGUCCGGCAUUUACUGCGGACCUCUCAAACUGCUGGUGUCCGAGGUGUUCCACAAGAGCAGUGAAGCUGGUACGCCGUGUGACAUGGUGACGGGGGAGGAGAAGAGAUACGCCAUCAGCGAGGACACCCCUGCCAAUCAUGUGGCGUGCACCGUGGAGAUGGCCUUUCUAGCCACACCCUACGAAGUGGCAGUUAUUGAUGAGAUACAGAUGAUGGGGGACCCUGUCCGAGGCUGGGCGUGGACGCGGGCGCUCCUGGGACUGAACGCAGACGAGAUCCACCUGUGUGGGGAGGGGACGGCCAUCGACCUGGUGAGGGAGAUGACGUUAGCCACGGGAGACGAGAUGGAGGUGAAGCAGUACAAAAGGUUGACCACCCUCACCUACACCAAUAAACCCGUUGAAUCUUUUGACAAUGUCCUACCAGGAGAUUGUAUAGUGUGUUUCAAGAAGAACGACAUCUAUCACGUCAGUCGACAGCUGGAGAUGCGAAAUAAGGAAUGUGCCGUGAUCUAUGGAGGACUUCCUCCAGGAACCAAGCUGGCGCAGUCCAAGAAGUUCAAUGACCCUGAUGACCCCUGUAACAUAAUGGUUGCCACCGAUGCCAUAGGGAUGGGCCUCAAUCUCGCCAUCAAGCGCAUCAUCUUCUACACCAUGAUAAAGCCGCACAUGAACGAGGAGGGCGAGAUGGAGAUGAAGGUGAUAAGCACGUCCCAGACGCUGCAGAUAGCGGGGCGCGCGGGCAGGUACAACACGGCGUAUGAAGAAGGGGAGGUAACCACCUUCAAGAAAGGCGACCUGCAGCUCCUAGGUGAUUCAGUCAGCAAGAAUGUGGAGCCGUUACAACAAGCUGGUUUACACCCGACAGCAGAACAGAUUGAAUUGUUUGCCUACCACCUGCCUAAAGCCACACUCUCCAACCUGAUUGACAUCUUCGUCUCCCUGUCUGUGCUGGACAGGGACAAGUACUUCCUGUGUAAUGUGAAGGACUUCAAGUUUCUGGCCGACCUGAUCGAACAUGUGCCCCUUCCACUCCGAGCCAAAUAUGUCUUCUGCUGUUCUCCCAUUCCCACCAAACAACCAUUUGUCUGUACCAUGUUUCUCAAGUUUGCUCGUCAGUUCAGCCGGAGUGAGCCUCUCACGUUGUUAAAGCUGCGCACCCAGAUCAACUGGCCUUUUGCCCAACCAGCCACCAUCAAUGACCUGAUCCACCUGGAGGGGGUGUUCGAUGUCCUUGACCUCUACUUGUGGCUCAGCUACCGUUUCCCGGACAUGUUCCCUGACACAGAGCCUGUGAGGGAUAUGCAGAAGGAACUGGACGUCCUCAUCCACGAAGGCGUGGCCCACAUCACCCAGCUUCUUAAAGUCAGCAAGAGCAUGUCCACCGUCACGUCGGACUUCAAGGACGAUUUUGAAAUUGAAAGAAAGAUCCAGACAUCAGAGAGACGGGAAACCGAUCCUGAGAGAAGUGACUUUGACAUUAGUACGAAACUGUCCAGUGAGGACACGCACAAGUGGGACACACCCCUCAGUGGGGAUCUCAAACGGAUUAUUAAAUCCAAAGACACGAGUGUGGUCACGGAAGGAGAUGCUGCAGUGUUGUACAACCUGGCAAAGCAGGGAGUGUUGACUCACAAGCUGGUCAAGGCAUUUCAGGAAAAUGUUAACGGCAAUAAGAAAUACCCAAAGAAAAGGAACUUUAGGAAGAAGAAAAAAUGAUUUCGGGGAAAAGAGGACAAAGUUGUUGGAUUUUGUUUUUAACAAUUAUGUUCAAGUGUCUGAUUGAAUGGUGAGGUGUCUUUUGUGUUUGUUUGUUUAUUAGCAAUGCACUUAGUAAUAUUCCAGCUGGUGAUCUGUAAAUAAUCAAUUCUGGACCAGACAAGCCAGUGAUUGAUAUUGUGAGCAAUGAUCCAUGCCGUUGGAGUACAGUGACAUGCAUCAAUGAAGUCACCAAGUCUGACCUCCCGAUCCAUUAAUCAGCCUCUCACAUCCAACAUGUCUCUGUAACAAGAACAGAACGUCUUUCAAAGGAUUCAAUCAGAUGGACGCCAGUGCUACUGGAACUAUGGAUGUGAAUUGGGAAACGUUAUGAUACCCACUGGGAAAUUUAGGCAUCAAACAGAAGAAAUAUCACUCACUCACUCACUCACUCAAUCACACUAUGUGCCAAACUAUUUUAUGUUGCCAAUGUUGAUAGCAUGAAAAAACAGCAAAUACAUACAACUGUUUUUGGUUAAACUAUUGUAGAUAAAACAUGUUUUACGUUGUCAAAUUUAAUUAUAGGCAUUGACUGUGUAUUUUUUUCGGUUCAUUGAGGUAUGAAUCGAAAAACCGAUGUGAAAGCGUUUGUAAGAAUCAGCUACACGGAUUCAGUUUGCACAUCAGUUUUUCGAUUCAUACCUCAAUGAUCCGAAAAAAAUAGUCAAUCCUCAAAGAGUUCUUACUUCAUUUGGGGGACAAAGUAAUCAAUGGUAGUAUUUGAGAUGGAUUAACCAGUGAUUAGAAGCAGCUGUUAACAUGGUUAAGGCCAGUAAGAAUUAUUCAUGUGAUCAUCAGUCUCACCUCAUCGUGUUUGCGAGUUGGUUGUCAGGAUUAAUUUUAUGUUAAUGUCUGCCAGUGACCAGUUCUACUUGAUCAUCAUGGUUUUCAUACAAACAUUUCCCUCUUGACCUUUCAAAAAAAAAAAGAUGAUAAAAGCCUAGUUUUGGGGUUGGGGUGUGUCGUUAACAGGUCCACAAGAAUUCCAACAGAAAAAAAUGAACUUUUCGUGGGAUAUACAGUUCAAGUAACAUCUGUAGCGAUCACAAUUUUAUGAUUACACGUGUUUGAAAACAUAGCAUGAAAGUAGGGGUCUCUAAUUUCGAUCUCUGCAGCUAUGCUUUUUGAAGGUGGGGAUAUGUCACAAAAUUGAGGAAUUAAGAUUUGUAACCAACGUUGAACUUUUAAACUGCCUGUUCCCCAUGCUGACAUGGCAUAUGAUAGUAUGUAUGUUACGUACAAUGGGUGUACAGCCUGUGACUAAAUCCACCAGUCCAAAGCCUGUGUCUAGUAAAAUUAUGUUUGGUCAAGUAAGGUCAGCUAAUAAUAGUCCAUAUUAUAACACUAAAGUCUUCUGAAAAAGAUGCUAAGAGCCAGGCUUGGACUAGUAGACUCAGGCUUUUGGCACAGACAUGGUCAAUUACAUUUUAGGUGAAUCUAUCAUUAAAUGAUAAUGGUAAAUAUUGAUUUAACAAAAUUUGCAUAUUGUACAAACAUUGAUGUGUUUCUUCGUUUCCUGCCUGUAUUGCGACCCCACAAGUGGUAAAUGUCGACUCGGGUGGUCAUGUUGGCUUUUCCCAACAUAAGCUCAAAUGCUGUGAUUUGACUGUUGAAACACCAAAGAUUUGCAUGUUUUGUGGACAUUUUCAACUUCUCCUUCAAAGAACUAUUAUCGUUGGUGCAUCAUUUUCAAUCAAUCUGUAAGAAAGUACAUUUAUGAAUCUCACUGACAGUUAGAUCAUUUGUAGCAAACAACUGUUGCUUUUGACAUGUUUAAACAUGAUUUUUAAGUAUGAACAUUUUUCAAUGGAUGACUCAUAAAAAAUGUCUCACUGUUAUAUAUAUAUUCACUCUUGUCGUGUUUUAUCGGGUUACAUGUUAUGGCUGAACUUUCUUACUGGGAAUCGAUGCUGGUCGUAAGAGGCGACCACAUGGUUUGGUGACUUGGUUAAUUGCGUGUCAUUGUACCCCAUGUUGUGGAUCAAUGCUCAUAAUAUCAAUCACUGGAUUGUCUGAUCCAGGCUUGUUUAUUUACAGGCCGCCAUCGUUUAGUUGGAAAAUUGCUGACUGUGGCAUUAAACAACAGCAACAACUCAUAUUAGGAAACAGGAAAAUAGUAAAAGAUCUGCUCAUGACAUUCUCAAUUCCAUAUUCACGUGAACAAUAGGGCUGCUUGUUACAGAACUGAAUUAGGUUCAAUAUAAACAGGCACCUUCUUUGUUUCUUGAGGAAUACCUAUAUAUGGUUGAGUGGAAUAAAGAUGCAGAUUGAGAAUAGUAAAAACCACCAACUGUAUAGUGGUUUGUUUUUGUUGUUUUGAGUGUAUGGAGUAAGACAAUGGGUGAGAUGCAUGUCUGUGACAGUUGAGAGUAUUAAUAUGUGUGAUAACAUAGUGAUUUAAUAAUAAACAAGAUUAUAGAAUGAUUA